UGAAAGCACGGUUUGAGAGACUGUUCCGAAACAACCAUAGGUUGUGAUUGUGAAAUGUAGACCCACCUGAAAUGCAAAGAGGAGGAAGGGGAUAUAACAUAUAGAAAGAGAACAUAUACUUUUAGAGAGAGAGAGAAUGGACAUGGUGACAGAAUACCCAGCAUUAACAGACCUGGCUCUAACUCUAGAGCAAGCAACCCUAAUGGCGAAACAACUCCCAAACACCACAGACCCAUCUCAACUCCUUCAAAUCUACUCCACUCUUCACUCCGCCCACCACCACCUGUCUUCCUUCCUCUCCCAAACACCCCAAUUCCAUCCCCCACCACCCCCACCACCACCUCCUCCUCCUCUCGCCGCCGAGAACUCCGUCUCAUCUGCCGUCGGCAACGGCAAUUACAUGGAUGACAACGACAACGACAACGAGCCGAUGCAACUCGGCGACCGCGAUGACGAGGAGGCGGAGGCGGAGCAGAAUUCGAAGACCACGAUUGAGAGGGUGGAGGAACGGAUGAGAGAUUGCUUCAUUCAGAACAAGCGCCCCAAGCGGCCGCUGUCGCCGUCGGCGGCGGCGGCGGAGCAGCGGCGGUGGUAUGAUCAUGAGCUGGUGAGCGGUUCAGGCGGGUUUGAUCCUCAUGGGACCAGGUUGAGGUCUCUCGAUCUUGUCUAUCAGUUUCAUGGUUGAGUUUGAGUUUCAGAAAUGGCAUUGUUGUAGUUACAGGUCAGUGACAGGGCAUUAAUGAAUCAUAAUCUAUAUAUUUAGCUCUUUUGGCAAUUCAAUUUGUCUGAUAAUAAUUUAGAUUCCUUUAUUGUAUUUUAUUUUAUUUGCGUGUAUGUGUUUGUUUCAGUAUAUGCUACAUAUAUAUUAAGUUUGUGAAUUUA